GGUCAAGGCAGGAGCUGUUCCCCACAUCCCUUUGGCUUCUUCCUCUGAUAAACUUCCAGGAGAGCAAUCACUUCACUUGCUCCUCUGGAAGCCUGGAGUCAGAAGCUCCACUGAGAGGAAGGCUGCAAGAGCCACAGCCUGUAUAAGGGUUUUCAGGUUUCUGUCCCUUGAGUGGUGGCUCUUCCUCGGCUCAGUGGGAUGUUUCAGUACUUGUUUUUCUGUAUCUACUUUGUCAUUCAGCUCCAGCCGGUGUCUUCGAUGGCCCUGGACCCCUGCUCUGCCUACGUCAGCCUGAACGAGCCCUGGCGGAACACAGAGCACCAGAUCAACGGCUCUCACGGGCAGCCCACGUGCGACAGCGGCAUCGACGGCGAGUGGUACCGCUUCACGGGCAUGGCCGGCGAUGCCAUGCCCACCUUCUGCAUCCCCGAGAACCACUGCGGCACCCACGCUCCCAUCUGGAUGAACGGCAGCCACCCGCGCCACACCGACGGCAUCGUGCGGCGCCAGGCCUGCGCCAGCUUCAGCGGCAACUGCUGCCUCUGGAACACCACCAUCGAGGUCAAGGCCUGCCCGGGGGGGUACUAUGUGUACCACCUCACCAAGCCCAGCGUCUGCUUCCACGCCUACUGCGGCCAUUUUUAUGACAUCUGUGAUGUGGUGGAUUGCCAGGGCUCCUGCCUGGACACCAGYGACUGCACCUGUUCCCCAGGGACAACACUGGGACCUGAUGGACAGACAUGCCUUGAUGAAAAUGAAUGUGAGCAGAACAAYGGAGGCUGCAGCGAGUUUUGUGUUAACCUGAAGAAUUCCUUCCGCUGCGAGUGCGGGGUCGGACGCACGCUGGGAAGCGAUGGGAAAACCUGUGAAGAAAUUGAAGGCUGUCACAAUAACAACGGAGGCUGCAGCCAUACCUGCAUUGAAGUGGAAGACACCUACCAGUGCGAAUGCCCCAGGGGACUUGUUCUGUCAGAAGACAACCACACUUGCCAAGUUCCAGUGCUCUGCAAGUCCAGCUCUAUUGAGGUGAACAUYCCAAAGGACCUGGUUGGAGGCCUGGACCUUUCCCUCAUCAACACUUCGUGCAAAGGUGUCUCCAAUGGCACUCAUGUCAACAUCCAUUUCUCCUUGAAGUCCUGUGGUACAGUUGUAGAUGUGAUAAAUGAUAAAAUCAUUGCCACCAACCUGGUGACUGGCUUGCCCAAGCAGACCCCAGGGAGCAAUGGGGACAUCAUAGUGCGCACCAGCAAGCUGCUGAUCCCGGUGACGUGCGAGUUCCCGCGCCGCUACACCAUCUCUGAGGGCUACGUGCCCAACCUCAGGAAUUCUCCCCUGGAAAUCAUGAGCCGCAACCAGGGCAUCUUCCCCUUCACCCUGGAGAUCUUCAAAGACAAAGACUUUGAUGAGCCCUACAGGGGUGCCCUUCCCACCCUCAAGCUUCGGGACUCUCUGUACUUUGGGAUUGAGCCCUUGGUGCAUGUCAGUGGGCUGGAGACCCUGGUGGAGAGCUGCUUUGCCACUCCCACCUCAAAAAUCGACGAGAUCCUCAAGUACUACCUGAUUCAAGAUGGCUGYGUUUCUGAUGACUCCGUGAAGCAGUACACGUCAAAGGACCAUCUUGCCAAGCAUUUCCAGGUCCCUGUGUUCAAGUUUGUGGGCAAAGACAACAAGGAGGUGUUCCUGCACUGCCGCAUCCUCGUGUGCGGGGCGCUGGACGAGACCUCGCGCUGCGCCCAGGGCUGCCGGAGACGCGUGCGCCGCUCACAGGAGCAGGAGGAGGAGAAGGAAUCUGUUCACAUGGCAAAUCACAUCCUGACAGGAGGCCCCAUCAGAAUCGACUUUGAUGACUGACACCCACCCUCUGGAACAUCAUCCUUGGCCUUCCUUAUCAAUGCCUGCUGUCAUGGUUGUUUGAGAAAUGAGAGGUAUUUGGUAAAGCCCCGCUUGAACCUCAGGACUCAUUUCCCUAAWCCUGUGGCGAUUMUUUGUGAAGUGUUUUGGGCAGCCCUCGGAUCGUUACCCAGACUGCAGAACAGUUUGGUUUUAUCUGCAUUUCUCCCCAACAACCCUUCAGCUGAAGGGACCCUGUCUCUUUGCAGGCCURAAGUGUUACCCAACUUUGUCUUUCCCUACAUCCACCUACAGGCCCCAGGACUGUUUGUCCUUGACUAAACAAAUGUUAUCCGAGUCCUUCUUGCAUCAGACAGUACAAAUAGUAUCAUAGCUGAGUGUGUUUGCUGUGAGUGAUGCUGAAGCUUUCAGAUGACUGUUAAUAAAAACAUGUAUAAAAUAGAUCUCAUCAUGUGUAAGUUCCUUGGAGCAAUGCACUUGUCAUUACGGGCAGCUAAAACUCUGAUCUGUCGCAGGCACAUUUUAAUGUUAUUUUAAAUAGCAAAAGAUAUUUAAUAAGAUUUUGGUUUGUUUUUUUUUUUAUAAUUGCAUGCAGUUUUAUAGUGUUUCCUCCUGUAUUUAGUGUAUCUUUAUUUUUCUCCCUCUUCUCCCACCACCAAAAAUGCCUUUCCUAAGUGCUGUAGCACCUUGAUUGUAAGAAAAACACCAUUAAACAUCUAUAAACACUUCCCUCCCAGCGUGCUGCAGCCAAGUGUUUGUUUGGAAGUUGUGAUGCAUGGCCCUCGUUAGAGAGGYCAUGGUUCCAACAAAGGAUUAGAGGAAUGCAUGUUAAUUAUUUAUAGCAGUCAUUUGUAAUGUAGGCAGUUCUCAGGACAGGCUGUCCCUAGUGAGCCUGGUGACAGGAGACACCCCAGCGUUGUCUGAGUGGCAAUGGCAGGGGACACAAUUGUUGGUGAUGGUGGUGGCAUUGUGAUUGUCAGGAAUCUCUUUGGGCUGUCAGGCUCCUUCCAAAGCAAAUACAAUGGAUGUGACCAGCUCAGGCUGCUGUGGACUUCACUGAGCUGUGUGAUGAAGGAUUAGGGGUGUGGGGUGAAAGGAAGGAGGCACAGCCAGCAGUGAAGAACAGCACAGGAGAGGCAGGGCUGGAGGAUGACAGGGGAAGGUUCCGUCUCCACCGGUGGCUGUGGCAACUGCAGCGUAUUCCCAAGGUUUUCCACAAGAAGCUUCUCAUUGUGCAGCUCUGUCCUGCGUGUCUGGAGGUCUGCUGGAAGCCCCCCAGCCUUCAUCACUCGUGUUCUGCUUUGCUUGGAGCAGCCAAAUUGCUGCAAAAGCCAAAAUUUGCUGCUGCUCUCAAAUGCAAGGGCAAUCCGUUUGAAGGGACCAUUUAGAAGGGAGACACAAAUCACCUCAAACAUUUCAACUUAUUUCAYGGAUUUAUUUGUUCUGGCAAGUGAGAUUCCAGUGAGGAAUGGAUAUUUAAUGGGCUGAGAGUUUAAUAAUUUUCCUACAUGGCUUCGUGGCUGCUUUUCCAAUCUGGGAAUAYGUGUGUGUGUGUUAGAGUAAACGAAAAUGUUUCUUUGAUGAUAAGCAGGUAGAAAUGGAAAGACACUUUUCAUGUCUUAUCUAACCAUAAGUGAAAGAAAAAGAAAGGAAAAAGGCUUCUCCUAGGAUUGCUGUUCUGCUGAUUCACAUCUGCGUUAGGACCACACRGGAAGUUUCCCACUGUCACUUCUUUGUUCAGGCAGCCUCCGCUAAAUGUAUUUGUUUUGAUAAAACAAGAAUUGGGAAAUGAAAUUAAUUAUCUGGUGCCUUCUGGAGAAUCAAGUGGUGUUGUUUGUUCRUGUGGAAGGGAUGUGGGGGAGUGAUGGAGGAACAAGAUCCUUUCCUGGCUUAUUUCAGUUAUUGUGCACAUUAUUUGGUUCUUCCUGACAAAUUCACAUGAAGCAGUGAAUUCCACUUUGCAGCCGAAAACAAUGCCAUCAAUACACAAAGUCAAGAGGAAGCCAUGGGAUGAGCAAAGUGGUGGUGUCUCUGUGUCCAGAGCAGGGUGGAAUUGAAGAUGACCCAAGGUUUGUGCAGCACCCUGGAGAAUCCUGUGAUCAGCUCCUUCUGUGGCUGUACACCACCAGAUAGCAGGAGCAGCACGGAGGGGAAGCAAUUUUCAGUUUGGAUGCAGUUUUACCAGAGUUCAUGCGCUGGUUUGCUGCUGCACAGGAUUAUCUGGUGGUUUGUUGGAGUCACUGUCACCACUUGAUGGUUCAAAUAUUUUCUUGCAAGGGGCUUUUCCACAUAACCACAGCAAAAAAUGGACCUACGCAAUCGCUGGCCUGCAUGCAGCAUCUGUAGGGUUUGUAGAGGAAUGGUCAUGUGAAAGCUU